GGCCACGUAGCGCUAUCAGUGCAAACAUGCCCGGUCCAGUAGAAUUCUAGAACUACAUAUAUUUCUAUCCGCUGGUUUCAUUCUUGCGCUGACGUCGUCUUCAUUCUUGAUGGCUGGGGAUGGCUGGUGUACUCCAACCUACCUCUUAAAGGUUCUUGUGCCUUCUGCUCCCAGCUUCCGUCUUACCUGCCAUUCACCGGACAAUUACAUCUCCAUCGUCUGUCCUCCGAGAGUGACAACGACUCGGGUUCUACGCCAUCUCAUCACUACCAAGUCACCAACCUCACGUAUUACCAUCUCUCCUCACCCGCCAUCUAUCUCGUUAUGCGUUACACCUCCCCGGCCGCGAGGUAUCUGGCCUCUGUCGCCCUGCUCGUGGCACCAUCGCUCGCACAAACAUACUCGAACUGUAACCCCAUAUCCCGAUCGGAUUGCCCAGCAGACUCUGCCUUGGGGAAGACGGUCAAUAUCGAUUUCAAAUCAGCCUCCGACAGCUUUACGCCUCAAGGCAACCCAACCUACGGCUCAGAUGGAGUCUCGUUUACUGUGGCCAAAUCAGGAGAUUCGCCUCAGCUGACGUCGAAAUGGUACAUCAUGUUCGGCAAAGUCGAGGUCUCGAUCAAGGCGGCGCCCGGCGCUGGCAUGGUCAGCAGCUUCGUUCUUCAGUCGGACACCUUGGAUGAGAUCGACUGGGAAUGGCUCGGCGCAGAUGCCGGCCAAGUGCAGACCAACUACUUUGGAAAGGGACAAACAACGACUUUCAACCGUGGUGCCUUCCACGCCGACCCAGACAACCAGGCCAGAUUCAAGACCUACACCAUCGACUGGACUCCGAACCAGAUUGUCUGGCAAAUCGACGGCGUCACCGUUCGAGCGCUCUCACCAAACGACGCAAACGGCCAAUAUCCUCAGACGCCCAUGCAGAUCAAAGUCGGCGCCUGGGCUGGCGGUGACCCAUCCAACAACGCCCCUGGGACCGUCGAAUGGGCACGCGGCCCCAUCGAUUACUCGCAAGGUCCCUAUACGAUGCAAGUCGGUAGCAUGAAAGUGACCGACUACUCGACCGGCACUCAGUACCGCUACAAGGAUUCCACCGGCACAUGGCAAUCGAUCGAGGCCGUCGGUGGCACCAUCAACUCUGGCGGCUCGUCUGAGGUCGAAGAGAACCCGCCAACCGUCACGUCGACGAGCUCCGGACAACCGGUGCCGUUUGACGGCACGCACAGCGACGACUCUUCAACCUACAUCCGCCCCUCCGUCUACCCGUGGGUCCCCGAGGCGACGACACUCAGCACUGCUAGCCCGACGUAUGCGAAUUACCCAGGCUUGCCCAGUGGUUGGACUGUGUCGGACUCGGGCAAGGUUGUUCCUCCCAGCUCCGCACCAGUGAGUAAGAGACUAGCGUGGUUUCUGCCCUACCUGUCCAUCCUAACAUUCGUCCUAGUCCACGCCUCCUCCGGCAGAGUCUACACCGUGUUCCUCGUCAGUGCCCUCGCCGUCAGCAGUCGAUGGUGUUGAGCUCUCGACCGGGUUCGACGACCGCGGAUUCACGACUGUAUAUACCAUCACCCCCGGGCCAAGGCUGCCGCAAACCACGGCGCCUGCGGGUUUCUACGGCGCUGCUGGCACGAUUCAGCAGCACCAGCCCAAUACAACACCUCAGCCUUCACCGGAUCCGUAUACCGGUGCUGCAUCUGUAUUCAGCGAGCCACGUCUCACGACAGUGGCAUCCCUUUUAUCUAUCUUAGCCCUCGCAUUCGUCCUUUGAGCGGCAUCCAGGGGUGGCAUUGGGAGGUCGCAUCUUGCAUUAGCGUUUGGCGUUUUGGAAAGAGGGCGUUGGGAAGUCGUCGCUGGGUACACUGACGCGCGUGUUUGGGUAUUGAUGUUACGGCAUUGUGCCAAUUAUGUGUAAUGCGACCAGAAUUGAUAGAAAUAAUGAUAUUGAUCUCGAAAGUAUCCAGUAGCUGCUCGAAUGAACAUGAC